AUCUGGUCUGUAGCGUCUCCCUUCUUUGAGCCAUGGAGAAGUUUCAAAAGACCCAAUUGGCAAGGUUAGUCGCCAUUGCAUCUCUCUUCCUUGUAACUCCUUUGAUACGUCCAUGGAUGAGGCCCACUUAUCUCUACUUCCUCCUCAACCUCCUCAUCCUCUCUCUCGGCCUCGAAUCUGGAGCACUCGCCUCCUUAGCCAAACCCAACAACGAAAAGAAGCCCACAAUGCUUAACAAUUUCUCAAGCAAUGGCAAUGGAGGCAACAUAGCGGCCACCUUAGUGAGAGAAAGUGACAGUGGUGGUGGUGGUGGUGAGAAACUAACCGCUAUUGUUAGAGAGAGAAACGCUUUUGUUGGUGGUGGUGAUAAGGUAACCACAUUUGUUAGAAAGAGAAACGCUUUUGUUGGUGGUGGUGAUAAGGUAACCACAUUUGUUAAAGAGAGAAAUGGUGGUGGUGGUGGCGGUGACAAAGAUGUGAGCUCUCAAGAAUUGUUCGCCAAGGUCGAGAACUUCAUCGGCAACUUCUAU